AUGCAAGGACUUGUUUUACAUCAAUACGCAUUUUUAAUCCUUUAAUGCACCAAACUGUUGUCAAAGUGCAGCGGAAUUUGUCUCUCAGUCGUCUAGCUGCACCUAGUUACCUUAAACAACGUAAUAGUAUAUAUUUUCUGCUGAAGUUCAUCCUAUUGUAAACGUAGAAUCCGUGCUCCAGAGAAAAACACGUGACAGGUUGCUAGGUGUAUUUCUAUGACAACGCCUGAAAUCAAAUUCAGCAUACUGUAAAAUUGUUCAUCGAGAACUCUGCCGUUUUUUCUUUUCAGUAAGACUUUGGAUAACAUACAAACAUGAGCAGACUGGGAUAUAACGAUUACAACAUCAUGCGUUCACGAAGUGCUACGCCCCUUACCCCGGAAAUGUCCAAGAUUCUUCCCUAUGUCACUGACAAAACCAUUUCCCGCCAUCUGGGAUACGCUGGGAGAUCCUUGGACAUGGGCCACGCUAAAGCUUAUUAUAACCCUGCCAGAAAUGCUGUGUACUCGCGUUACUCCACCAACGACUGGGGGAUGUCUAACAGCAUGAACUUCUCUCUGUCUGACAAGGAGAGAUCUUUUGCUGAGAGACUGAGGGCUGAUGCCUGGCGAGCCGUAAAGGAGACCGAUUCCCGGACCCGCAACAGGCAGAACGACAUCACCAAGAAACUGGGGGAACGAGUAUAUGACAUUGCAUUCUGGAAAAGUGAACUUAACAACGAAGUUAAUGCCAUGGCCACAGAAAUUGAAAACUUGAAGGAGUACCGCCGUACCUUGGAGAAAGCUCUUGGAGACACUGCCAACCCUCUCCACAUUGCCGAGGAAUGUUUGAUGCAUCGUGAAAAGCGUCAGGGAAUCGACCUUGUCCACGAUGACGUUGAACGCACACUCAUCAGGGAAGUCGAUAUCAUCAAGAAAUGUCAGGCCAAGAUGAAAAAGGUGUUGGACAAGGCUUACGUUCAACUGAAGAUGAACCGUGCCGCCCAGCACGCCAUGGAGAUUGAUGCCAAGGACAAACACCACGCCCAAGGCUUGGACGAUCGUAUGCAGCAGCUCCGUAACACUUCCAGUGGAAUUGGUUAUUAUCCUGGAAUCGAGAGCAUCGACAACACAAUUACAAUUCCUGAUUCUUGGGUGAGAUACACUCAGGAGAACAUCGCCAGGUCCCAGAAAGAACGUGCUGCUUCUGAACGUCUGAGAGGUGAAAUCGACAGCACACUGCGCGCAUGUGCCAACGAGAUGUGGAACCAGUUCAACGGUGUUAACAAUGCCUUCAACACCAGGGUCAGGGAGACAACUGAUGCAAGGAACAAGCUCCAGGCUCAUCUGCAGAGAACUAUGCAGGAGAUCUUCGAUAUGGAGAAGAACAUCGAGUUGUUGCGUAAGGCAAUCCAGGACAAGGAAAUGCCAAUGAAGGUAGCCCAGACUCGUCUAGACGAGCGAACCAGACGUAUCAACGUGGAGCUAUGCAAUGAUCCAGUCAUGAAAUCACUCCAGAGAGAGGUGAACGAGAUCAGAGAAUCAGUGAGGAUUCUCAAGGAGAGGCUAAAGGCUUCUGAGCUCAGUUUAGCUCGCUUGAUGAAGACAAAGGCUACGCUGGAACACGACAUUGGAGUCAAGGAUAACACAGUUAAAAUCGAUACUUCUUAUUGCAUGGGCAUGCGCAAAGGUUUCCCUAUGGACCCUAAAAUAGGUCCAGUUUUUCAAAUGCCAACAUGCUAGGUAACAUUUAAGUAUUUAGGAACAAUUUAUAUCAGCGUUAUUGGACACCGACUAAACUUUCCCAAUGAAACCAUUUCUAUGAGGUAUACACGUUGUUAUGAAUCAUGUAUGAUCAAUUUCAUAUGAAUGUUAUUUUCUUAUAUAGACGGUCGGAAAUUUGGGAUGUGUUCCUUUUGUUUCGAAUACCAUUGAUCAACGUUAAACCUUACCUAUCAUGAAAAUGCCUUAUAUACAUCUUGAUUUGAAGUGAUUUUCUUCGUUUGCUGUCUGAGAAUGAUAAGAAAGGAACAUGAUAUCCUAAAUUUUCAUAUACACAAAACUACACUCUUUUUGUUAACUGGCGAUAUGUUAGAAGUGUACCAUUACUUUUCUUUCCAAUAUUCAUUGUCGCAAAUACAAUUUGCAUUUGUUGUUUUUAAUAUAAAUUUUAUGUGCUAAUCGUUUUACAUGUGAUAUCAGUAUGUUUGCUACUUGAAGUAAUUUGUUAGCUAAAUAGUUAUAGUUUUAAUGUUAUUACUUUACACUUCUCAAGAUUUAAAUGAAAGGUAUUCGUUAUCUGGCUUUGACUAUCUGGUUUGUUUCAGCUUCGUUUUGAAUAAUGAAGACUGUAUAAUGUCCAGUUGGGGAAAUUUUCUUGUGCUGUUGUUGUUUUUAUCAAAUAUAUAUUCAGGUUAAUCAAAGAAUCGUUACACUUGUAAUGUAUAUUUGUAAAAUGAAAUGUAUUAUGUUACUUUUAUUUAUUACCGAUUUUAUAUUAUACCACAUAAUUAUAUAUAAUUUAUUGUAUGUUUCUUGGGGAAAAGGAUAUACUAAUUUCAAACAUAUGGAUAUUGACUUUUUCAAACGCCGAACCCGAACAAAUUACGUCUGAAUCACAUAAACAUUUAUUUAUUUAAACCAUAUCAGUAUUAAGGUGUUCUGCAGAGUAUCAAUAUUGCUCAAGGAGAUUAAUAUUCAGAGCCCCUUGCCAUCAGUGACUGUGAUAGGUGCGGUUGAUUGUUAAUUCUUGUAUAUAGACCGUGGUAGCGCACACAGAAUGUCAUGCUUAUGUUGUUUGCACAAAUAAAAAAACUCUUUAUAAAAAAUUAAA